AUGAAAAAAAUAUCUAAAAGAAACAUUUCACAUUCUUAUUCGAGUUAUAAAACCCAUGAGAAAAGUUUUGAUGAGAAUACAGAAUCGAAAUCUGAUGUAAAUAAAAACAACAAUUCUUUAUUCUUAUCAAAUACUAAUUUAAAUUCGCAAUCAUUGGAUUACGGUGAUUAUUUCUCAGAAAAUGAAGAAAUUUUGCGAGACAAACAAACGGAAAUAUCUCCAAAAUCAUCAAAAGUAGAAAGAAAAAAAGUGUUUCCUAUAAUAAAACAUAUGAGAAAUGAUUCUGAAUUAGAACUGCAAAAAGUUAAAAGCCGGCAAAAAAUUGAAACUGUUAAAGAAAAUAUAACUUCAAGCAAAGGUAUAUAUGUAUAUAUAGUAACAAAUUUUGUGAAUUUAUCUUUCUAA